GAGAGGUGCGGUGGCUUGUUGACGUCGGGCGGUGCGCCGGAGCCAGGAGUCUUCCCGUCCCCGUCAUGGGGGACCCGGUCUAUCUACCACCGCGCGCCGGUAACGGCAAACACUUCGCCGCACUCACCGAAAUGAUGGCUGGCCAGGAUCCCAGAUGGCAGAAGGACGCGGCAGAUCAGAACUUCGACUAUAUGUUCAAGCUGUUGAUCAUUGGUAACUCCUCGGUGGGAAAGACUUCGUUCUUGUUUCGGUACGCCGACGAUUCCUUCACGUCCGCCUUCGUGUCGACCGUCGGCAUCGACUUCAAAGUGAAGACAGUGUUUCGGCAGGACAAGCGGGUCAAGCUACAAAUAUGGGACACGGCCGGUCAGGAGAGGUACCGGACCAUCACCACGGCAUACUACCGAGGCGCCAUGGGCUUCAUCUUGAUGUACGACAUCACGAAUGAGGAGUCUUUCAAUAGCGUGCAGGACUGGUGUACCCAGAUCAAGACAUAUUCGUGGGAUAACGCUCAGGUGAUCCUAGUAGGCAACAAGUGCGACAUGGAGGACGAACGGGUCAUCAGCUACGAGCGCGGCAAACAGCUGGCUGAUCAGCUCGGCCUCGAGUUCUUCGAGACAUCAGCCAAGGAAAAUAUAAAUGUCAAGGCUGUCUUCGAGCGUCUAGUGGACAUCAUCUGCGACAAGAUGUCCGAGAGCUUAGAUUCUGACCCGAACAUGAUGAGCGCCAGCAAAGGCACUCGGCUCACCGACCAGCAGCCCCCGAGCAGUGCGCCCUGCAACUGCUAACACGGCGCCGCCUCUAGCGGUCACCCCUGGGUCAGGAGGUCAGGGGGAGCCAACCCGCCGCUGGCCGGCAGCCGCCGUGCCAGCCGCAGUGUGUUACCUGGAGGUCGGAGGCCGCGACGGGUCGAAGACCCCUGGCGUCGUCACUGCGUUUGGCCGGCAAGCGUGCAGUUUGGGGUCAGGGGUCGGUCAGAGGUCACGCACAUGCCAGUGAAGGCCUCGCCCGCGUGACAUCAGAGCUCAGCCGCCCUGGUGACCCGCUUCCACGAGGCUAACGCGCACAAGCCGCGCCCCUCGACGACCCAGCAGACACAGCCGUAAAUAGACAGACGACACGAGUCUCUGACCGGGCACGCGUCGUUUCGGUGCGCGCCGGAGGCUCGGGCCUGCGAUUUACAGGGUCCACCGAAGCCCCUUGAUCCCCGACGGGCGCCAUGUGCUGACGUCCGGCUGGCGGGGCAGUUAGACAGAGGAGAUCAAUGCCGCCGCGGCCGCCGACACGGCCCGGGUCACCAGGCCGGAAAUCCCGCGAAUAUGUCACACAAUUAUCCGGGCCGGCGGCGUCAGCUGUCGCGUGAG